AUGUUGCAACUCUUGCAACUAAAGGGACUCUUCAGUGGAUUAGCACAUGAGAACCCACAUGAGCAUCUUCAAAACUUCGUAGAUGUGUGUGGACCAUUCUCGUUCAAAAAAAUCUCGCAGGAGUCGAUUCGAUUAAGGUUAUUCCCUUUCUCAUUGAUAGGGGAAGCGUGCAAGUGGCUAGCUGAGUUGCCACGUAACUCGAUCACUUCGUGGGAGGAGUUGGUCAUCACAUUUAAUGUGCAAUUUUUCCCUCCCUCAAAGAUGAUGACUAUUCGGGAUAGCAUCCAAAGCUUUAAGCGUCUGAAUGGAGAACCUCUGCAUGAAACUUGGCUCCGGUUUAAGAAAUUGGUGCUACAAUGCCCAACCCAUGGUCUACCUGAUAAUGUGCUCCUUCAAUACUUCUACCGGAGUCUAGACUCGGUAAACAAAGGUGUAGCUGACCAACUCUCACCCGGAGGCUUAAUGCAGCAACCAUAUGCAGUGGCAGCUCAACUUCUCGAUGGGAUGAAAACCAUCAACAGGUUGUGGUACACUCGUGAAGACCAGGUCUCACAUGUCACAUUUCAGCUAUCUAAGGAACUGGUUGAAAAAGAUAAUAAGAGAGACCAAAACAUGGCCAAGAUCAUAAUGCAGCUUGACAUUUUAUCCAAAAAUGUCAUGAGAGCUGGUGCCCGUGGUAUCAAUGUUGUGGGAGUCGGGGGUGAAAAUCCUGAGGAGAUGAAGUUUGAAUCCAUGUAUGAUGAGGAAGUAAAUUUUCUGACUAACCAAGGUGGAGGCUACCGCUCAAACUACCCAAGGCAAAGUGGAAAUCAAGGAUGGAUUAGAGAUGAAGGCUGGAAGGGUCGAGAUCAUGAAUGGAGGGACCGUAAUUCAAAUUGGAAGGAUGGGGAGAAGGAUAGAUAUGUGCCUCCCCACGAGCAUCAGAACCCAAAGGAUUCGGAAAGUGGUAGGUUUGAGGAUCUCCUUUCGCGAAUUCUAAACAAAGUUGAAGGGUCAGAAAAAAUGUUAAAAGGUAUGAAAGAAGACGUUUCUACCCUCAGCCAGACUGUCACCUCUCAUUCAGUUUCAAUCAAACAAUUAGUGACCCAAAUAGGUCAUAUCUCGUAUCAUCUCAAUCUGACACAACAAGGGGGUUUGCCCAGUGAUAUUAUGGCUAACCCCAAGAGUGAGAUUGAGUUAGGAAAGUGCUUAAAAAAUACAUGGCGGGGAGCAACAGUUCAGUUUGGCGGAUCGUCGACAAGUUUGGCAUAUCCGAUCAUUCCCACCAUUUGA